AGUGCACUGCGCUGCUGGCCGCUGCUGCUGCUUCCAGCCCGCGCUGAGAGGUGUGGAAAUUAAAACAACACAAAUAUUUUGAAUGAAGUUUUGACCAACCAAAUGCUGACAAGGCCUAGAGAGUCCUUUAACAAUAGUCCACUGCUGCUGCUGAUGGGAGCAUCAAAAAUAAGUAAAUUCAGUGUGAAUUGCUAAAGUUGGAAACAUCUAGUGAAUCUUGACACUAGACUAUCAGAAGCAUUAGAGUGAUUAAGAAGAGAACAAAGAUAACAUGAAAAAGAGAGUAUGUAAUAAACCACUUAAAGAAGAUCUCUUCCAGUCAUUUCUCAACAAUUAUAUAGUCAACUGAUGUAACAAUGGUACUAAUAUUGGGACGCAGACUAAACAGAGAGGAUCUUGGGGUACGUGAUUCCCCAGCUACUAAGCGUAAAGUUUUUGAAAUGGACCCCAAAUCUCUGACAGGUCAUGAGUUUUUUGACUUCUCUUCAGGAUCAUCCCAUGCUGAAAACAUACUCCAGAUAUUCAAUGAAUUCCGAGACAGCCGCUUAUUCACUGAUGUAAUCAUUUGUGUGGAAGGAAAAGAGUUUCCUUGCCAUCGAGCUGUCCUCUCUGCCUGUAGUAGCUACUUCAGAGCUAUGUUUUGCAAUGACCACAGGGAAAGCCGAGAAAUGUUGGUUGAAAUCAAUGGCAUUUUAGCUGAAGCUAUGGAAUGUUUUCUGCAGUAUGUAUAUACUGGAAAGGUGAAGAUCACCACAGAGAAUGUCCAGUAUCUCUUUGAAACAUCAAGCCUCUUUCAGAUUAGUGUACUCCGUGAUGCAUGUGCCAAGUUCCUAGAGGAACAACUUGAUCCUUGUAAUUGCUUAGGAAUCCAGCGCUUCGCUGACACCCAUUCACUCAAAACACUCUUCACAAAAUGCAAAACCUUCGCAUUACAGACUUUUGAGGAUGUGUCCCAACAUGAAGAAUUUCUUGAGCUUGACAAAGAUGAACUUAUUGAUUAUAUUUGUAGCGAUGAACUUGUGAUUGGUAAAGAAGAGAUGGUUUUUGAAGCCGUUAUGCGUUGGGUUUACCGUGCCGUUGAUCUGAGAAGACCAUUGUUACAUGAGCUCCUGACACAUGUGAGACUCCCUCUGUUGCAUCCCAACUACUUUGUUCAAACAGUUGAGGUGGACCAAUUGAUCCAGAAUUCUCCUGAGUGUUACCAGUUGUUACAUGAAGCAAGACGGUACCACAUACUUGGCAAUGAAAUGAUGUCCCCAAGGACUAGGCCACGCAGGUCCACUGGCUAUUCAGAGGUGAUAGUUGUUGUUGGUGGCUGUGAACGAGUUGGAGGAUUUAAUCUCCCAUAUACUGAGUGCUAUGAUCCUGUCACAGGAGAAUGGAAGUCUUUGGCUAAGCUUCCAGAAUUUACCAAAUCAGAGUAUGCUGUUUGUGCACUAAGGAAUGACAUUCUUGUUUCAGGUGGAAGAAUCAACAGCCGUGAUGUGUGGAUUUAUAACUCACAGUUAAAUAUUUGGAUCAGAGUUGCCUCUCUAAAUAAAGGCAGAUGGCGUCACAAAAUGGCUGUUCUCCUUGGUAAAGUAUAUGUUGUUGGAGGCUAUGAUGGGCAAAACAGACUUAGCAGCGUAGAGUGUUAUGACUCCUUCUCUAAUCGAUGGACUGAAGUUGCUCCCCUUAAGGAAGCAGUGAGCUCUCCUGCAGUGACAAGCUGUAUAGGCAAAUUGUUUGUGAUUGGUGGAGGACCUGAUGAUAAUACUUGUUCUGAUAAGGUUCAAUCUUAUGACCCAGAAACCAAUUCUUGGCUACUUCGUGCAGCUAUUCCAAUUGCCAAGAGAUGUAUAACUGCUGUCUCCUUAAACAACCUGAUCUAUGUUGCUGGUGGACUGACCAAAGCAAUAUAUUGCUAUGAUCCAGUUGAAGAUUACUGGAUGCAUGUACAGAAUACAUUCAGCCGACAGGAAAACUGUGGUAUGUCUGUGUGCAAUGGUAAAAUAUAUAUCCUGGGUGGAAGACGGGAAAAUGGAGAAGCCACAGACACCAUCCUCUGUUACGAUCCUGCAACAAGUAUCAUCACAGGGGUAGCUGCAAUGCCCAGGCCAGUGUCCUAUCAUGGCUGUGUGACUAUUCAUAGGUACAAUGAGAAAUGCUUUAAGCUCUAACACCAGAAUACCUCACCAAGAAGCCACACUGAUCCAAGACAAGAGCAUUUUAAAACUCCUGGUUGGGAACUUGACUUAUCCCCAUUGUGCCAUAUGUAAAAAAAUAAGCCCUGUGCCUCUCUCCCCCAAAUAUCAACUCUUCAGACUAUAAUAAAGCCUUUCAGGUAACUGAAAGUACAUUGUUGUUGUUAAGGAUAAUGGUGGCUGUUGCUUGGCCUUGGGAGUGUAUGUUUAUAUUUUAAAGAAGCAUAUGUGGACUAAGAAAUAAUGUCUGCAUAUUUUUAGGAAUUUGUCUAUGUUUUCUUCAGUUGUGUAUGUUUAUCUUUGUAAAACUGCAUAUUCUUUUUUGUUAUUGUUGUUUCAUAUGCAGAGAAACCUGCUUGUCUGAGGCUUCAUUUAUGUUAAUCACCUAAUGCUAAAAAUGCUUAGCAUUCUGAGAGGAAAAUCAAUUUUAAAGAAUCUUUGUUGGGGCUGGGAACAUGGCC